GCCGCUAUUAAAAAAAAACACAAAAAAGAGCGCCUGGUGCCUGUGGUGCGUCCCUAGACUUGAGUGUGUGGUGCGUCCCUAGACUUGAGUGUGUGGUGCGUCCCUAGACUCCGGGAUAGCACGGCCUUUUUGUCUUUGAUACAUCCCUACACCUAUCUACAUAACUGCUCAAGAUUCACGUCUACAUCGGUUUAGGUGCGCCCGGCUUGACGAGGUGGACAUUAAAGAAGAACUGUCAUGAAGGAGAAGCAGCAUUCCGACUUUGCAUCGCCAGUUUAUAAGAAAAGAUUCAGUAGGAGAACUACCACCCAACGACCAUUUAAGUUUGUUCGUAACAUUGAGUCUCAAGGGACUGCAAAAACCCAAGUUGUUGAACAGGUUGGCAGCAGAGGUGUUGUUAUAAGUUCUCCUGUCAACCUAAGUGAGCAUGGAGUGUCCAUCACAGACAUUGUUCAACAAAGUCCAGUUCCUGUCAUCAUUUCAUGUGGAGUUGAAUAUGACAAAGAAAGUAACAAAGCAGACAGCAAUGGAGAUGCAAGUAAUGCGUCCACACCACGACGCAGAACAGACGCAGGUAGUGUGUCCACACCACAAACCAGAGCAGAGGCAGAUGGUGUGUCUACACCUCGACGCAGCCAGCGCUCUCACCAGGCAUCAUUAGGCUUUCUUAGCCGCCUGCAGUACCCCCUCAAAACCCACCAGUUGACGAAGUUUCACUUCACCUCAGACAUGCUUCAUGCUGGGUCUCAGCCAGACAGUAACAUUGAUGAGGAGGUCCAUCUUAUGGACAGCGAGCAUGCAGCUAAACACCACCGUUCUCUCAGGCAAUCAGGCAAGUCUUCAGUGCAGAAGGUGACUACUGGGAAGAGUGCAUUUGAUGACAAGGCUGCUAGUUCAAGAUGUCAAACUUCCACAACUGCUGAUCCAUCUGCUGAGGAGAUGUAUAGCCCUAUCAGUAAUUCAGACACUGAGAAGUCUGUUGACAAGAGGACUUCUAUGAGAAGACCCCCACCUGCUGAAGGAUCAACUGCCAAGUAUACUUCUUCCACAUCUACUGUAGCAUUUGGUAAAAAAGUUGCCAGCAUCACUAAGCUCGACACAUCUGCACCAGCUGUGGCUGCCAGCGUAACCAGCCAGAGCCCAGAUCACACAGAGAGACUAAACACUUCCAAAAAAACAAGAUCAGCAGCACAGCCUUUCGAUUCAAUUAGUAGAUCAUCCAGAAGACUGUCUUUGACAGGAAAGUCAACUGGUGAAGAUGAUAACACUGAGACAGAUGAUAAGGAAGACUCUAAUAGUCACAUCUCUAUGGCCACAGACAAGUCAGAUUGUGUGUGGAGAGAUGAGUCGCCUUCUGGGACUGGCAGGGUCAGAGUUCGUAUUGCUCCUGGAUCUUUGGCAGGGGAUGUUGGCCAUGCUGGGAGAAGAGGACAAGGUAAAAGACACAAGAGAGUGGCCAUCCCCAAAGCACACAGCACACCAUGCAAAGAUAAUAAAUUUGUUUCCAAAGGGAAGAAACAACUGGCAUCUGUGACUGAAAAGACAGACAUAUUCCUUGAAGGGAGAUCUGCUGAUGAUGCAGAGAAACCAGAAGGUGGCUUUCUUAAAAUCAGCGGGAGGACAAGUCAUCAGGCAUCACACAUGAGAUCAGCGAUGGCAAAAAGUAGUAUGACCAUCCUGGCUGACAGGAAGAAAAGGCAAGUGUCUGCUGCUAGUCAUCAGAAGGAAAAACAAGCCAGGCUAAACAUCAGCAAUAGGAGAAGCCAGAAGGCAACAAGGCAGGAAAAGACUUUGACAUCUAUUUCUUCAGCUUCUAAGUCUCAGUCAUCCUCCCUUGGGAGGAGAAAACGAAAACAUAGCAUCAUGAGUGAUGAUGAUGUUCUGUCUUCAACCAGACAAAAAAAUGUUCAUAAUGAUCACAGCAAGUCUAUGCAGCAUGAGAACAGUGCAUCAUGUUCAAACCUACAGAAAGUGCCCCGCAGCACAAACAGAUAUAUGCUGCAGUCGGACACAACAUGGUCUUCAGUUUAUGAUGAUGAGACGUUUGGAGAACACACUGACCCUGAGCUGAAUGCAAGUGACAAAUUAACCAGGUCAAAUAAGGCCCAACAGUGGGUUCAGAGACAGCAACUGGCAAAAGUGCAUAAAAUCCAAGGGGAUAGCAUAACAAACAUGUUGGCAGAAACAGAGGCACAGGUCAUCAGCAGUGACCUGAUGUACCCGUUAGCAGAGAGAACAAUUCACAAGGCAUUUAAUUUUGUCAGAGGACAAAUGCAACAGAUGAUAUUACAGCAGAAAGAGACUCAGCAGUUGAAGGUACACGUUAACAAGCUGAAAGCACAGGUGAAGGGCCUUAGCCAGACCUCAAGAGAGUCUCAUCAGUUGAAGUUUCAAUUACUCAAAGAACUGCAGACAUUACAGACUGAUGGCUUGGAUGCUGAUGCCAUACAGAUUGAAAGCUGGUUGAAGGACUUCCAGCAUUUCCGCCUCAAGUGCUUUGGCCUGUCUGAAUGAGAUUUUACAUUAUUCAUCUGCAAGGGCAAUUACAACUGGUUGCAUCUCUUUCCUCUAUAGUUCCUAGCUCCACCUUCACUACCAGUGAGAUGCUCUCAUCAUCAUGUGUGGUUGUCUUGGGGCUUCAUAUAAAACAGUGAUGUUUUUAUGCUAGUAUGCUGUGUUUAAAUGUAUGCAGACAUCUCAUAUUUACAGGCGUUCAUUUCUCUCCUCUAUAGUCAAUAGCUCCACCUUCACUACCAAUGAGAUGUUCUCAGUAUCAUGAACGGUUCUCUUAGUGUUUGAGAUGCAACAGAAUUUCUUAAGCUUCUCCCCAAAUAAAUACACUAAUUGCAAAAUGCCAUUCUCAUACUGACAGAGCUGAAAGAAAUGUAAGACUAGAUUUUUUUACUUGUGUAAACAUUACCUGUACCUUGUGUGUGUUAAAGCUGCCUUUGCAUUGAGACAGAGCAAUGAAUAAAGCUCUUCUUUAUGUGCAGUGUUAGAUGAAUAAAAACUCUUGUUUGUGUGUCUUUUGUUACACGAAGUUCUUUAUGUGAUGUAUUUUGUAAAUUAGAAAAAUGUUUUGCCUCAAUAAACAUUUCUGAUUGGCUACA